GCACUACUUUACCCGUGAAAAGAAAGAAGAAGAAAAAAAAAGGAGAGAGAGAGAGAGAGAGAGACCUGUAGGAAUCUCACUUCCUCUCUCAUCGUGAAGCAAUCUCCGGCGAGUUCUCCGGCAAUGCGACCGGAAGGAAUCUGAAGAGGCAACCGGAAGCCAAGCAGUUGACCGGCGAUCGGCAGUGAUCCGUGUAAAGAGAGCAGGAGAAGCGAGCAAGAGAAGUUAGAAGAAAAAAGUAGCUAAAGAUCUGUUCUUUUCUUGUUUUUCAGUCUAAAGCUGCGAUUUUUAAAGGGCUUGAGAGAUGAGGUUAGGCUUUCUGUGGGCGGUGUUGUCGGCAGCGCUAUUGGUGUUCCCGGCGACGGCGAUAUCGCCGGAAUCGAGGAAGCAGAAGCACGCGUACGCGGCGAUGAUGUACAUGGGGACGCCGAGGGACUAUGAGUUCUACGUGGCAACGAGAGUGAUGAUGAGGUCGCUGGCGAAGCUGAAAGUGGAUGCGGAUCUCAUCGUCAUUGCAUCCGCUGACGUCCCGAUCCGAUGGGCCCAAACCCUGAGAAAUGAGGAUGGGGUGAAGGUGGUAACAGUAAAGAACUUAAAGAACCCAUAUGAGAAUCAAGGCAACUUCAAUAGUAGAUUCAAGCUGACAAUGAACAAGCUCUAUGCUUGGAGCUUAGUUGAGUAUGAUCGAGUAGUGAUGAUUGAUUCAGACAAUCUCUUCCUUCAAAAGACCGACGAGCUCUUCCAGUGUGGUCAGUUCUGUGCUGUGUUCAUCAAUCCCUGCAUCUUCCACACUGGCUUGUUCGUCCUACAGCCUUCAAAGGUCGUGUUUAAAGACAUGCUUCAUGAGCUAGAUGUUGGUCGAUCAAAUCCAGACGGUGCAGACCAGGGUUUUCUUGCUAGUUACUUCCCGGAUUUGCUUGAUCGACCAAUGUUCCAUCCACCAGCCAAUGGUACAAAGGUUGAUGGCUCAUACCGUCUUCCUCUAGGAUAUCAGAUGGAUGCUUCCUACUUCUAUCUUAAGCUUCGAUGGAGCAUACCCUGUGGCCCUAACAGUGUUAUAACAUUUCCAAGUGCGCCAUGGCUCAAACCCUGGUACUGGUGGUCUUGGCCCGUUCUCCCUUUAGGCCUCCAAUGGCAUGAACAAAGGCGAAACACUAUUGGAUACAGCGCCGAGCUCCCUGUCGUAAUGAUCCAAUCCUUAAUGUAUCUUGCCAUCAUAAUAGUCACUCGUCUCGCUCGCCCUAGCAUGUCAAAACUCUGCUACAACCCUCACCCAGAGAAGAGCAUCGCCUUUCUACACUCCAUGCUCAAAAUGGCAGCAAUGUGGUGCAUUUUAGCAGCGUACCUUGUCCCUGUCAUGCUUAUACCACGAACUGUGCACCCUCUUCUUGGUUGGUCUCUGUAUUUGCUCGGUUCUUCCUCUUUGGCUUCCAUUGUUAUAAAUUCCUUCUUGGUUCCGGUGAUUCCAGUGCUUACGCCUUGGAUUGCGAUAGUUGGUUCGUUGUUUGUGAUGGCUUGUCCUUGGUAUUCUAAUGGUGUGGUUAGGGCAUUGUCGGUGUUUGGCUAUGCUUUCUUUUGUGCUCCAUUUGUGUGGGCAUCAGCGGUGAAGGUCGUUACUUCUUUGCAUCUUGUUUUUGAAAGGGAGGGUUUUUUCCCUAGAUUGGGAGAAAGCUUACAGACUCCUCAGUUCAGCAAGCUGUACUGAUGUUAUUUAUUAUUUUUGGAAAGAUUUUGGGAUUUUUAUUCCUGUAUUACUUGUGUAUGAAUACGAGUAUAUUCGGUAUAUUUUAAUACC